UGCAGUGAUGACAGUGCACAAAAGGGUUUGGUGUGGAGAUAGUGUGCGUGCGUGAGUGAGUGAGUGCGUUCGUUGUAUAAUGGCCGACAAUACUAUAUUUUACUGGGGCUCGGGCUCCCCUCCCUGCUGGAGAAUCAUGAUCGCCUUGCAAGAGAAGAAACUAUUUGGGAUCCCGCAGAAAUUGCUGAGUUUUGACAAACAGGAGCACAAGUCAUUGGACGUGCUGGCUAUAAACCCCAGAGGACAACUCCCAACUUUCAAGCAUAACGGGAACAUCGUGAACGAGUCUUUCGCAGCCUGCAUGUACCUGGAGGUAAGAGUCAACCAGAUCAAAACGAGAAGUCACAGCGUCAAUUGCCAGUCGUCUCACGCUUAAAUUAUCUGCGAUUUU